AUGUUCAUUAAAAACGAUCACGUAGGCGACAGAAGUCGUUUGGAAGACUGGAGAAUUAAGGGCUACGAUCCAUUAACCCCUCCUGAUCUACUUCAACACGAAUUGCCAAUCUCUGAGAAAGGUCAUAAGACUAUUGUGAAAGCUAGAGAAGAAGUAUGCGACAUCUUAAGUGGUAAAGAUGACCGUCUAGUUAUCGUGAUUGGACCUUGUUCCAUUCAUGAUCCAAAGGCAGCUUACGAGUAUGCUGAUAGAUUGGCUAAAUUAUCUGAAAAACUAUCCAAAGAUCUACUUAUUAUCAUGAGAGCUUAUUUGGAAAAACCAAGAACCACUGUGGGAUGGAAAGGUUUGAUUAAUGAUCCUGAUAUCAACAACUCUUUCCAAAUUAACAAAGGUUUAAGAAUCUCAAGAGAAAUGUUCACCAAAUUGGUAGAAAAACUACCUAUUGCAGGUGAAAUGCUUGAUACCAUUUCACCUCAAUUCUUGAGUGAUUGUUUCUCUCUAGGUGCCAUCGGUGCAAGAACCACCGAAUCUCAACUGCAUAGAGAACUAGCUUCUGGGUUAUCUUUCCCAAUUGGUUUCAAAAAUGGUACCGACGGUGGAUUACAAGUUGCUGUUGACGCUAUGAGAUCUGCCGCACACGAACACUACUUCUUGUCAGUUACCAAACCAGGUGUUACCGCCAUUGUUGGUACUGAAGGAAACCAAGACACUUUUAUUAUCCUAAGAGGUGGUAAGAAUGGUACCAACUUUGAUCCUGAAAAUGUAAAGACUGUCAAAUCUCAUCUAAAGAAAUCUAAUUUGGUCGAUGAAGAAGAAACGAAGAGAAGAAUUAUGAUCGACUGUUCCCAUGGUAACAGUAGUAAGGAUUUCAGAAACCAACCUAAGGUUGCUAAAUGCAUCUACGACCAACUAUCUGCAGGCGAAAACUGUUUGUGCGGUGUGAUGAUCGAAUCUAAUUUGGUGGAAGGCAGACAAGAUAUCCCAGCCGGAGGUGGUCGUGAAGGCCUAAAAUACGGUUGUUCCAUUACUGAUGGUUGUAUCAGUUGGGAAUCUACUGAAGAGGUGCUGGAACUUUUGGCCGAGGGUGUGAGAAACAAGAGAGCCGUGAAUGCUAAAAAAUGA